AUGCCGAAUGUUCCUGGUGCCCUCAAAAAGACGGAGCUGGCAAAAGCUCGAGACAAGCUACUCCGGGCAAAGCGUAGGGAUGCCGAGUUCUCACAAGCCGCACAAGAGAUCGACAAGGAGGAAGAACGCCUAGAAGAGCGUAAACGAUGCCUUGUCACCAAGCGCUUGAUGCUGCAUGGUCAGUACGAAGACUGGCUAAACAACACCGUCCUCACGCGCACCAUAAUCCCAUAUUGCAAGGCGUGGAACCAGGACUUCGCGAGACAGAUGCAAACACGCUUAUCACGAGAGAUUCGAGACAUGGUCUACGGAUAUCUAUGGUACUUCCAUCCCGACAGAACAUCCCCACACCAGAUGGGGCGGCUACACUUAAGGCAACACUACACCUUCACAUGCGCCGAUGACAUGCCAGACACGAUUGAGAAUUUCCCGCUUCUGCUAGAUAUUACCCAGUCGCUAUUCCAUGUCAACGAUGGCAAUCUAAAAGUGUUUUUUGACAAUGGUCUUGUGCCGCACUAUCUGUCGUCGGACUAUAUCGGCGCCCUCACUGCACAUGAGGUGGGUGUGUCGUUGUAUCAUCAUCUCAACAAAGCAGAUCUCUUGCAAUGCGAAUCGCAUCACAUCAAGUCCAUGUUUGAAAAGGACGAUUUCCAUGUCGGCCUUCCUAUGAUGGACCUGAUCCGAAGUUUGACGAUUCACUGUAAGGUCGAUCGCUACCGUACUCCUCCACCCGACCAUAAGCUGUCACCCAAAUGCAACCAUUCUUUGAGCGAGACAGCACAAAUCUGCCGAGAAAGGCUGCGACAAGACUUCAGCGUUUUGACGGAUAUCAAGACGAACAGUGCCUUCAAACUUCACAUCAUUCUGUACCAACGCAACAUCCGUUUGAGCGUCUUAGAGGAGGCAGUCGAUACUCUCGGUACCAUUUUCCAGAAGUUUCAGCAGGACCGAGCUUCUCUGAGAGUCACCUGGACGUAUCGUGGGCACUGGCAGAACGCACGAGGCCCUCCCUGUCACAAACUCGUCAAUUGCGACAUCACGGAUUACUUGGGAGAGCCAAACGGCCCGUUGGGUGCAGCAUGGAUGUUUGAUCUUAUCGAUGUCUUAGAUGAGGCGGAUCAAUUCAUUCCACGACGGCACGUAAGGAUUGAAGGCAAACUAGUCAUUGCACGAAAGAUGGACGGCAAUGCAAUCAAUCGUUUUGUACACAACAUGUAUGAUUCAGACGAAGCGGCAGAUACUACUGAUGGCGAAGAGAACCUAUCGGAAUCUGAAGAAUCUGACGAGGAUGACUACGAUGACAGCUUUGAUGAGAGUGACCUCUGA